AUGUCGUUGCCCGACUGCCUACGACAUACGUUUUCACCAGAGGAAAUCCAGUUCAUUGUAGAGAAUGAACUUAUUAAAAUUUUCCCACGUAUAACCACUCGUCAAAAUAUAAGAUCCAGAAAUGCAGGUCAGCGCCCCAACGUCAAAUGCCAACUAAUAACAACAAACGACCACAAUGUGAACAACAUGGUAGCAAUGCAGUCAACAGAGGUAGCCUUGUGGCUGGCAUUGCUUUUGAAGCAGCAGAAGAAAUGCAGUAUAGUGGCACCUCAAUGGCUUACGAUCAAAGAACUCGAGUCUCUAAUACAAUUCGAGAAGGCAAAUAGUGAUAGGUUCAGCGCUAUGCCCUGGAAUUGGCUCGUUGUGGCCCAGCUGUUGUUCAAGAGAGCACCUGACGACUUUCAUGACCCUGUCCACGCCCUUAGAGGUAAGAUCCAAGACCUCAGGGAAAUACGACAAGUUAAAGUACUCAAGGGACUGAGACAUCUUAAUGAAUCUCAUCUACAGCUCGACAAUCUCAGCCUGCUUGAAAUAAAUGAACUGAGACCGUCGAUAAUAGGCAUCAUGGACAAACUGCGACAGAUCCACAGCGCAGCACAUGCAAGUGGUAACUCUAAUACUGAUGAUCAGCAAGCCGAAAUUGCAGAUUAUUAA